AUGAAGAUUAGCAGGAAAAAGGGCAGUAUUGCUGGUGCAGUUGCUCUAAUUAUUGGGACAAGCAUUGGCACUGGCAUUCUUGCUCUUCCAAAGAAGACUUCCCCUGCAGGGAUAGUUCCAAGUUCAAUAACAAUGACUUUGUGUUGGGCAUUUCUGUUGAUAGAAGCCCUCUUGCUAGUCGAGAUCAACGUUGCUUUACAGAGGAAGAAGAAGGGAAAAGCACAAAGUGAUGAGCUCGAGGCGAUGUCUAUCCGAACCAUGGCUCAAGAGACUCUAGGAGAAUGGGGUGGAGCUCUAGCCUCUUUGCUGUAUAUGUUCUUAGGCUACACUUACGUGGUAGCUAAUUGUUCAAAAUCGGGCGAGAUCCUUCAUCAGCUAACUGAUUUCCCAGUGUCGUUUUGUGGAUUCCUCUUCACUUUCUCGUUCACCAUUCUCGUUUGCGUGGGAGGCACUCGAGCCACAGAUCAAGUUAACCAGUGGCUCACUGCAUCCAUGAUAGGCCUUCUUGUGGCAAUAGAGGCUUUUGCUCUUCUGUUUGGAGGGUGGUCUGGAUUUAAAGCCGGGGGCGGAGAUUGGGGGAAAGUUCCGGCCACUCUUCCAGUCAUGGUGUUUGCUUUAGUUUACCAUGACAUAACUCCGGUUCUAUGUGCUUAUCUCGAAGGGGAUCUUGCACGCAUCCGUGCUUCAGUCGUUCUAGGCAGCGUGGUACCAUUGCUGACAUUGCUCGUUUGGGAUGCUAUCGCGCUAGGCCUCUCCAACGGGGCAGACAACGUGUCUGAUCCCGUUGAAUUGCUUCUAAGUGUGAGAUGGGAAGGAGUCCCAUAUAUGGUCGAGGCGUUCGCUCUUCUAGCUGUCGGAACUUCCCAAAUCGGCACCCUUCUGAGCUUCUCAGAGUUCUUCAAGGAGCAGUUAAACAAUCUAGCCUCAGAUUUUCCUCCUAAACAGCUUGUAGUUGUAGAGAAACCGAGCUCGUUGUACUCCAUUAAUGGCUGGUGGGAGAAGAACAAGACAAGCAUCACUGCGACAGCAAUGGUAGUUGCGCCUUCACUUCUCGUGUCGAAUGCACUCCCGGAUGCGUUUUCUGCAGCCACAGAUUUCGCUGGUGGAUAUUGCAUGACGGUGUUGUAUGGAGUUCUGCCUCCGGCAAUGGCAUGGGCGAUGAAGCAGAAGAAACAAGGUGAGGAGACUGAGCAAACAUCAUUGUCUAAAUCAUAUCCUGCCAUUUUUGGUGUGGGAUUGUUUUCUUGUGGGGUUGUGCUGCAACAGAUCCUUCAAGAUUUCUCAUUUGUGCAACCGUGAUACGCGCUAUUUGUGGCUGUGUACAAGGUAUCUCGAUCUGUUCUUUUAGAUGUCCGACCGAACAUGAGAUCUCGACUUAUAAGGAGUUGGUAAGAUUUAUCUGUUGUUUGGUAUGAAUAUGAUAUGUAGGAAGUUAGGGAUUUCAUGAAUAUGAUAUGUAAGAAGUUAGGGAGAGGAUGAUUUUAGGAAUUUGAUUGUGUAAAUGUGUAAUGUAUAGUGUAUAAUGUAUUUGGUAUAUGAUGUAAAUCUAAGUUCAUAUAUGUAAUGUGCUAUUCUCUCCAUAACACCUUAGUUAAGCGUUUCUUUUUAAUACAAAGAUUAAUGUAAUCUAA